AUGCCCACGCCGCUGGGGACCGCACGUCUUAGAAACGCAUCUACUCGGGGCCGGGGCCUGAAAACCGGUCAGGUCGGAAACCGACCGGGGCCCCAUCAAGAUGAAGACCAGGAGCAGAAAAGCCCUCAUCAGACACCGCCGCCGCGGGCCCCGCCCCGCCCUCCGCCGGCCCCUCCGCACCCGCGGCUGCGGAUUUCUCACGACCCAAGGCCAGCCGGGCGCGUCCACGGCGGGGCACAGCACUUCCGCCCGCGGCCGGCGGAACUACAAGUCCCGGCAGCCUUCGCGCAAGGCCCGCCCCUCCCCACCCCCGCCCGAGCCGAGUCCCAGAACUCCCCGCGAGACGCUGAGCCUCGAAAUAGAACAAAACCGGCGGGUGGGGGAGGGGAAAGGCCAGGGUCGCGGAGGACGCGGGGCAGGAGGGCCGGCGGAGGGUGCCGAGCCCCACCCGGCCUUGGGGCCACCCCCCGGGCCGCAGCUGCCGGGAGCGGAGACGGCGGCCUGCGCCCGCGGGACGCGGGGAAGGUCCCGCCGGGGCUCGUCGCUGGCUCCCCCGCGGCCCGCAGCCCCUCGCCCGGCGCCCCGCAGGCCCUCCCGCACUCCGGCGCAAACCUGGGGCUCGGGCACCGCAGCGGCUUCGCUGUCCGCGGCCGACGCAGAGACGCCGCUCUCAGCCGUUUCCCAGAAGCCCCCGGCGCGGACGGCUUCCUGUCUGCGGCCCGGGAGGCGGGAGCGCGAAGCCCCGCGUUGCCAUGGGGACGCGCCCGGGGCGGGGGAGGGGCGCCCCGCGACAAUGACCGCUUUGAGGCCGGGCUUGGCCGGGCGCCUCUCUCCGGGGGCAGCCCCCGGCCUGCGUCCCGCCUGCACGACAAGGGAGGGGAAGGGGAUCCUGCCGCCGAGCGGGGCUCUGCGGGCUCUCACGCCGUGCACGGGCCCUGCCGCCUGCGCCGCGGGGACCUGGACAGGGUCCGAGCGGCCUGCCGGACACGGGCCGCCGUCCUUUUUCCCCGCAGCCCUGCGUCCCGGAGCUUCACCAGCCCCAGGUCUCAGCCGAUCCUGCACAGGAACGAACCACCACCAGGUAACAAGGCGAGAACGCGCAGAGCUGCCCUGGCCGGUUUGGCUCAGUGGAUAGAGCGUCGGCCUGCGGACUGAAGGGUCCCAGGUUCAGUUCCGGUCAAGGGCAUGUAUGUACCUUGGUUGCGGGCACAUCCCCCGUGGGG